AUGGAUCCUUCAAUAUCAUCUUCUCCUUCAGAGUCGGGUGCCUCACGAAGCUUUUCAACGGUACCGACAUCUUUGAGGCCGUCUCCUGUCUGCCAGAAUUGCCUUGGCUCCGCUACUUUCCCAUCUACUAUCGGUUCAUCUCAUCUGUCUAUUCACUCUUCAGAGGUGCAGGGGAUUAACCGCGCAUUAAAAGGAGGCGGACGACGGGGCCCUUACAAGGCAGUGAGCGUCCUGCUGCUAAGCUGGAACGUCACGAAUCUGGAAUGGGAUGCCGAGAUCAGAAAGCUUCGGGAAAUCCUUGAAGACCAGUUCAAAUUCUACAUCUUUGACAACUAUAAAAUUGAUCUAGAUUCAAAUGCCGAAGACAAACUGCUGAGGCACGUGUUGGACUUCAAGGUCGAAUGUGGAGGUCGAGAUGGCCUCUUGAUUGUAUAUUAUAGUGGCCACGGAGACAUGGAUGACAGAGGUGACAUUAUUUGGACAGCCACUGAACGCGACACACCAGCAGAGUUGAACUGGUCCAAUAUUCAACCUUGGUUGUUUGAGCGUUAUCGAGGAGACGUCCUGAUGAUUCUGGACUGCUGCCAUGCAGGGGCAGCAGCUAAAGCGCCCCGUACGGACACGAAAGAGAUUUUGGCAGCUUGUCGAGCUGGGGGCACAACUUAUGCUACAGGCGAUUUCACAUUUACAAAAAUAUUAAUACGGGAAUUACAACAAAUGUACCAAAUUUUCGGACGCUCUGGCUUCAGCAUCUUCGAGCUACGUUGCGAAAUGCGAAAAAAGCUCCCUAUCGAGCCGAUUCAUGUGGUUGUCAUGGGAAGGACCCCUAUUGAGCUGACAGCCCUAUAUGACAGAGAGCACCAAGGCCCAGAAGAUUGUCUAGGACAUGGGGCGGACAGUGAUAUGAGUCUAUUAUUCAAUCAUGGCGGAAGAGCACUGGUGUCUUUCCUCUUUCAUGAGACAUUGGAUGAUAUCCAGCCGUUGCUGCUACGAUGGCUAAAAGACCAUCCCUUUGGGGUCACUGACAUCAAGGUUGAAGCAUUAUAUCACGCAUCAUCGACCCUCGUGCUUGUUUCAAUGCCCGUCAGGCUGUGGGCAUUCCUGCCGGACCACCCGGCAAUAUGUUUUAUCGGUCUCCUCGAAUCCAAAAACAUGGCUAGCAGGCUGAAUGCAGUUGCAGAUAAGGAAGCACUUGGCGACAUGCUUUCCCAUACGCAACUUGACCCGCGAAAACCAGCAAAAAAGCCAGUAGGAAAAAGAGCCGCACUGACACAUGGCUCAUUGACACCACAAGCCAUACCGAAUAAAUCAUUGACGGUGGACUCAGUCUCUAUGGCAAUGGAAGCCAAGAAACUAUAUCCCAAUGAUACAAUAGUCAGUCACGAACGUACAUAUAUCUCCGCAUCUGCAUUAUCUCGCUUUGGAGUGCGCUUUCCGUGGAUAAUGAGUAGGAGGGAGCAGAUUGAUUGAGGAAUGAGAACCGAACCCAUUUUCACCCGUAUAAGGCAGGUUGAAUCUAUUCACAAUGAAAUACCGCUGGACGAAAGAGGUGUCUGAAUUAAUGCCAACUCAAGGUUCACAGAAUCUAACCAGCCG